GCAGUUAUUAAAAGACCCCCAGGUGUUAUUUGCAGGGUACAAGGUCCCGCACCCGCUGGAACACAAAAUUAUCAUCCGGGUCCAAACCACCCCCGAUUACAGCCCCCAGGAAGCUUUCACCAAUGCCAUCACGGAUUUGAUCAGUGAGCUCUCCCUCCUGGAGGAGAGGUUCAGGGUUGCUAUUAAAGACAAACAAGAAGGAAUCGAGUAA